AUGAAUUUAUUCAAGUUUAAUAAUAAUAAUAAUACAAAAUCAUCAGCAGCCAGCACAAAAUCCUCUGUCACGGCUACCACAGUUGACCUUGGACCCAUGACUCAAGAACCCAUUCUCACUCCGCCUACAGACUAUCAACCUGUAUUGAACGACCCAUUAGAUGAAGAACAAAAGAAGAAAGUACAUGCAUUGAUGGAGUAUGUGGAAGGUAUCAUGCUCCCGAAAGAACAUGAGUAUUAUCCCAAUGAAAAAGGAUUUCUGACGGAAGCAACGGCCAAUCGCUAUCUUCGAGCCAGAAAGUGGGACUUGGAGGCAGCCAAGGCAAUGUUGGAGAAUUCGAUAAAGUGGAGAAGAGAGUUCAGGCCCGAUCAAUUGGAUCCAGAGAUGAUUCGACCAGAGGCAGAAACUGGUAAAAUGUAUUACAAUGGUUAUGACAAGACGGGUAAACCAUUGUGGAUCAUGAAGCCUAGAAAUGAAAAUUCCAAAGAUUCGGAUAGACAGAUUAGGCAUGUUGUAUUCAAUUUAGAACGAGGUAUCCGAUUGAUGCCUCCACAAGUAGAAAAGGUGUCUAUCGUAGUAGACUUUAAAGGAUCAUCCAUUACCAGUAAUCCAAGCGCAAGCACGUGUAAAAAGUUUAUAGAUAUCUUAGCAAACCAUUACCCUGAAAGAUUAGGCGUGGCAUUUUUUGUAAAUUCUCCAUGGUUUUUCUUGACUACAUUCAAAAUGGUUGCUCCCUUUAUGGAUCCUGUCACAAGAAAUAAAAUCAAAUUUAUAGAUGAAGACACUAAUAAGAACAGCCAAGAUGUCAUUUGUAUGGAAGACUGUAUUUCAUCUGAUCAAAUAGAGGCAAGCUUGGGUGGAAAAUUCAACUUUAACUUUGAUAUUGAUACCUAUUGGGAUGCACUUUUAAAAAGAACUGAUAAAGAGGUUAUUGAAUACUUGUAA